GGCUCCUACCAUUUUCCUGUAAUGGCGGACCAAGCAGACAGCGAAGCAAUCGGAUUCGGCGACAACAGAAUGGCCCAGCAGGCCGUGCGGUUCCGUGGACCCGGCCCGUCGCCCACCGCCGCCACCGCUGCUCCCGCCCCUGCUGCCACCACUGUGCCAGCUCCCAAUCAGACGCCGGUUCUGCGCGGCCCUCCGCCUCUCCUCAGGCCGCCACCGCCCCCCUUUGGAAUGAUGAGGGGACCACCACCGCCUCGUCCUCCUUUCCCGCGACCACCUUUUGACCCCAGCAUGCCCCCCAUUCCGCCACCGGGAGGCAUGCCGCCCCCCAUGGGCCCGCCGCAUCUUCAGAGACCCCCAUUUCUUCCCCCUCCAAUGGGCAAUCUACCGCCCCCUCCAGGGAUGCUCUUUCCUCCUGGUAUGCCCCCAGUUCAAACUUCUGGAAGCCCCGCCCCCAACCCUACCCCUGCCCCUGCCCCAACUCCCACCCUCAACCCGACAGAGGAGAUCUGGGUAGAGAACAAAACGCCAGAAGGGAAGGCGUACUACUACAACGCUCGCACUAGAGAGUCGGCGUGGACUAAACCGGAAGGUGUAAAAAUCAUUCAGCAGGCAGAGCUCAACCCUCUACUAGUGUCCGGAGCCGGGGCUGGCACCGCAACGGCAGCUGGCACCAACGUGGUGGUUGCCAGUGUGGGAGGCAACAACAUGGGCGGUAUCAGCGUGGGGGGCACCCCGGCCGCCAACUCCAGCAGCAUCAACACUACGGCCAGCACAGCUGCCUCGCCUGUCGCCGCCCCUGCCAGCGCCCCCUCCAGCACCCCAUCCCGCACGCUCAGCCCCAGUCCAGACUCCACCACCACAACUUUGGCCCCCACUGUGACCAUUGCAGCCACCGUCAUGGCAGACCUUUCCCCCGUGGCCAGCUCGUCGGCGCCGCCAGUCACCGUGGUGACGGUAUCCACGGUGCCGUCCCCCGUCACGGCAGUGCAGACCGUCCCGCUGCUGACCGCCACCCUGCCUCAUAGUGUGGCCCAGCCCACCGCCACCAUACCUGCCUUCCCGCCUGUCAUGGUGCCGCCCUUCAGGGUGCCCUUGCCAGGCAUGCACAUCCCCCUACCAGGUGUAGCAAUGAUGCAGAUAGUUGGCGCUCCCUGCGUAAAGGCGGGCCCUGGUGCCAACGGAAUGUUGCCUGGCAUGGGCCCGCCUCUGGUAUCCAUGAUGCACCCUCAGUUGGCACUGUCAGCAGCGCCCGCCGCUUCCAUGGCCGCCACCCUACAGCUGCCUGAGUGGUCUGAAUACAAGACUGUGGAUGGCAAGACUUACUACUACAACAACCGGACCCUUGAGUCCACCUGGGAGAAACCGCAGGCCCUGCUGGACAGAGAAAAAGAGGCAGAGAAGGCCAAGGAGCGACUGGCGCUGGAGGAGGCGGAAGCCAUGGAGAUGGAGGAGGAGGAGAGCAAAAUCCUCACCAUAAAUGACAAGCAUGAGCGCAAAGAAGAAGAAAUGAGCGAGGAAGAGAAAGCGGCACAGAAAGCUCGUCCGGUGGCCACCAACCCAAUCCCAGGAACGCCGUGGUGCGUGGUGUGGACGGGCGACGAGCGCGUCUUCUUCUACAACCCCACAACUCGACUGUCCAUGUGGGACCGACCCGAAGAGCUGGUGGGUCGCGCCGACGUUGACAAACACAUCCAGGAGCCCCCGCAUAAGCGAGGCCUCGACGAUGCCAAACGGACAGUUUUUAGCAGGGAGGAGUCAGAGCUGGGCCUCGCCUCAGACGACGCGCACGACGAGGAGCCCUCCAAAGCCAAGAAGAGAAAGAAAGAAGAUGCAAAUGAGCCGGACUCUGAGAAGGAAGCAGUGAUGGAGGCGGAGCUUCGGGCAGCCCGAGAAAGAGCUGUGGUGCCCCUUGAAUCCAGGAUGACUCAAUUCAAAGACAUGCUGCUAGAAAGAGGGGUGUCUGCUUUCUCCACGUGGGAUAAAGAGCUUCACAAGAUUGUAUUCGACCCUCGCUACCUUCUGCUCAACCCCAAAGAACGCAAGCAGGUGUUCGACCAAUACGUGAAGACGAGAGCAGAGGAAGAGAGGAAGGAGAAGAAGAACAAGCUGAUGCAGGCCAAAGACGAAUUCAGGAAGUUGAUGGACGAGGCCAAGCUGACAGCCAGGACCACCUUCAGCGAGUUUGCCGUCAAAAACGGCAGAGACCCUCGAUUCAAGAGCAUCGACAAGAUGAAGGACAGGGAAGCCAUCUUCAUUGAACACAUGACGGCCCUAAGGAAGCGGGACAAGGAGGACUCCAAAUCCAGAGGGGAUAAGGUGAGGCAGGACUUCUUCGAGAUGUUGAGCGACCAACAUGUAGAAGGAGGUCAGCGCUGGAGCAAAGUCAAGGAGAGGAUGGAGACGGACCCACGCUACAAGGCUGUGGAGAGCUCCGCCCUCAGGGAGGAUUACUUCAAACAGUAUCUGGACAAGCUCGCCAAGAGCCUUGACUUGGAGAAGGAGCGCGAGUUGGAGCGUCAGGCUCGCAUCGAGGCCAGCCUGCGGGAACGGGAGCGUGAGGUCCAGAAGGCACGAUCGGAGCAGACCAAAGAGAUUGAUCGCGAGAGAGAGCAGCACAAGCGCGAAGAAGCCAUCCAGCACUUCAAGGCUCUCAUGUCCGACAUGGUGCGCUCAUCAGAUGCGACGUGGUCAGACACGCGGCGCAACCUACGCAAAGACCACCGCUGGGAGUCGUCGUCACUACUGGAACGUGAGGAGAAGGAGAAGCUCUUCAAUGAUCACGUGGAGGCGCUGGCCAAGAAGAAAAAGGAACACUUCAGGCAGCUCCUUGACGAGACCACCAUGAUCACUCUAACAACCACGUGGAAGGAAGUUAAGAAGAUCAUAAAGGAGGACCCCAGAUGUAUCAAGUUCUCAUCCAGUGACAGAAAGCGACAGCGUGAGUUUGAGGACUACAUCAAAGAUAAAUACAUCACGGCCAAAGCUGACUUCAGAAUUCUCCUGAAGGAGACAAAGUUCAUCACGUACAGGUCCCGGAAGCUUAUCCAAGAGUCGGAGCAGCACCUGAAGGACGUGGAGAAGAUCCUACAGAACGAUAAGCGCUACCUGGUGCUGGAGUGCGUCCCCGAAGAACGCCGCAAGCUUAUUAUGUUCUACAUCGAGGACCUGGACCGGCGCGGGCCGCCCCCACCCCCUACCGCUUCGGAGCCCACGCGCCGCUCCACCAAGUGACCCUACGGGCGUUCCCCUCCCCCCUUCCUUCACCCUAUCGGCGUGCCCUCUGACCCAAUGGCCAGCCGCCGUCGGGCCGCCCCCGCGCUGGGUGCUCAGGUUUGAAAAGGGGUCGUAGGUUUCCAGUCAAUUUUCAAAUUCGGGUAGGAAUUUGGGAAAUUUGCUUUCCAUGGGAAUUUGGUGGAACUAAAUGAAAUGGUUUCAUUUUGUUAUAAGCAGAUGGCCAUGCAAAAUUGAUGGCUCUUUUGAGAGCAAAUCUCAAGUGUUAUUUUAUUUUGCGGCACAGUGCAAAAUAAAAUAAUCCAAGUGAUCAAUCGCGCUGUAAAAGCUGGUAAGUCUGUAUCACUAGACUUGCAUGAAAUCUGCUUGCUGUAGUUAAGCGUUAUACUCAGCUGCAUUUUAGUUCCAUAAUAGGCGACGACCUUCAAUAUUUUAUCCCUGAAAGUUCCCAUGGAAAGUUUCCAAAUUCCCAGAAUUUCGCAACAGUACUGGGAGCUUGUCCGUGGAGAGACAGCGCACCCCCCUCCUGCGGACACCAGGUCGCCUUUGACCCUUCACCUCUGCCUUGAGGGAUGAAGAGGCUGCGCCAGUCUGCAGCCACUAGUGUAUGAUAGUUCAUGUAAAUCAUCUUCAGCGUGUGCGUGUAUGUGCGAGUGAGUACAAGUGUGUUGGAAGCGAGCCCAAGCCUUACAGCACCGCCACCGUCUGGAAUGUUCCCCAAUUUUGUCUCCACGUUCUAAUAAAUGCAACUUCUUGUCUUUUUCAA